GCUCAGCCUUAUAUUUAAGUACUAGUCUGUUAGCGUUGGUGAGGAGGAAUUCCCCUCCUUCCUCUGUGCCUAAUAUAAAAAUGAAAUAAGCUACCCUCCUCAUCCAGCAUAGCACUCAUCUCUCAGCAUCUCAUCUACCAGAACCCAGUGAGUUAGUAAUUGCAGGCUAGGAACUUAUUUCCCAAUGGAGAGGGUUCAAUCCUCCUUAGAUUGGGUUACUCUUCCCACUUGCUCCUAAUUAGGAAACUUAUCUUAGGAGGAUCGAACCCUCUGCGCUGAAAAUGGAUGUACGUCAGGUAAGAACUGACUUUCCUGUUUGUUCACGUGAUGGGACUAGCUAGUUAAUUUUUAAAGAAAGGCAAAUGAGUGCAUCUUUAAAGAAGAGUUUGACAAAUUUAUACAUAUCUAGCUAGAAAAUGGCUGUGAAAGCAUUUCAAAUACUACCCAUAAUUUUCAGUCUGUACGCAUUAUUCACAGCAACAGAACACAAAAUAUUUACUUAGCAAAUGGGCAGGAGGGAAUGGUAACAUAUAACUGUAAAUUGACUUAACAUUUGAUUAAACUCCUGAACACUAAUUUCUAAAUCAGCCUUCCUUGACCUGGUGUCCUCUUAUAUGUCAACAUGUUACUGUAAUCAAAGUUAAUGGGAGUUGUAAACCAUCCCAGCUGGAGGGAUCUAAGAGGAAGGAAAUGUUGGGGGCCUGUGGGUAUUACUGUAAGACUGAAUGAUUUGCAUGCCUAGAAUUCAUUUAUGUGCUUCUGUUUGCCUGCAGUAUCGACUAUAGGAUUUGGCUUUGUUUUGGGCUUGGGCUUUGUUGAAACCAUCAAGCUGCUGCUUUGGGUCGUGUUUAUAGACUGUGUAGGAGUCGGCCUCCUAAUUUCAACUUUUAUGUGGUUCAUCUCCAAUAAGUAUUUGCCAAAGCAUCAGAGCAGAGACUAUGAUGUGGAGUGGGGUUAUGCAUUCGAUGUUCACUUAAAUGCCUUCUAUCCACUUCUUGUCAUCCUCCAUUUUAUACAGCUGUUUUUCAUUCACUAUGUAAUUAUGUUGGAUUCAUUUAUUGGCUAUUUCAUUGGGAACACUUUCUGGCUCAUUGCAAUUGGUUAUUACAUCUAUGUGACAUUUCUCGGGUACAGUGCAUUACCAUUCCUGAAGAACACAGUAGUCCUUCUGUACCCGUUUGCUCUUCUCAUCCUGCUCUAUGUGGUUUCGUUAGCCAUGGGAUGGAACUUCACAAAAGCACUUUGUGUUUUCUAUACAUACAGAGUGAAAUAAACUGGACUCAACAAA